AGCUGCAGAGGAAUCAGAAGAAUCUUACAACUGGGAACAAAUAUUUCAACCAGAGGGCUGCUUCUUCUUCAGGGGUGUAGAGAUGGCUGAUGUUUUCAGAAGCCUAAAUCUCCUUGAGACCCUCAAAGAAUCCAUAGAGAGCAAUAAGUUAUCAGAUGUCAAGGAUGCAGUGGAAGAUCUCCUGAUCAGUAGGAUCAACUUAGCUGUGGUGGGCAACCGUGGGGAUGAAAAAGACUCCUUCCUGAACUCCCUCCGUGGCCUCGGACCUGGGGAUGAGGGGGCCGCUCUAUCUUCAUCCGUUGUUGCCUCAGAGGACAUGGCAGGCUAUCCUAACCCUAAACACUCUGACUUUCGUCUGUGGGACCUGUCACCUGUGCCAGACACCUCCCCAUUUGAACCCGGGGGAUAUAUGGACAAAGUUAAGUUCCUCCGCUACAAUGCUGUCUUCAUGACAUUCACACAUGUACCCCAAAACAACAGCGUGGAGGUGUACUUGGAAGCCCGUUCACUGCAGCGACAAACAGUAUACUUUAUUCUCUUAGCUUCAGUGGAAGAAACAGAAAAGAAUCUGGAAGUAAAGAGAAAAGCCAGUCUGGAAAUACUGAAAUCACGUGGUUUGACACAGCCUAAAGUCUAUCUGGUCAGACCCUCCACCCUGGAGAAGUUUGACUUCCCUGGUCUGUUGGACGACAUGAGCAAAGACCUUCCAGAAAUCCGUGCCCACGCCCUUCUCUUAGCUCUACCAACACUCACUUCAGCCCUGGUCACCCAGAAAAAAGAGGCAUUCAAAGCACUAGUAUGGGCAGCCGCCUCGCUAUCUGGUGGGAUGUCAGCUAUUCCUGUUCCCCUGGUAGCCUCUAUGGUGGACUCAAGUGUAGCAGUGCGGAUCCUGACGAAAGCGCAGUUGUCUCUGUGCCUGGACGACGAAUCGGUUGAGCGACUGGCCCGGCGGCGAGGCAUGGAUCCCACAAGACUCAAAGGGCUGCGAACUUGUGUGCUGUCAGUGGAGGUCACCAAAGGGGAAGUAAAGAGGCGGCUGGCAGCAGCAGAAAAGGACUUGGCCACCGUUUCAUCGAAACUGGUGGAGAUGGCGAUGCCCAGACAUGCCCGUUCUGCCAGCCGCUCCUUCGCUGCCAUGCUGCAAUCUUUAAAUAGCGCCAUUGAUGAAAUGGCGGCCGAUGCUGAGAAGAUAGUAGAUGCUGCUCUGGGGGAGGGGAAGUGAAGUCCAAUGCUUUUCUUUUUAUUCGAUGUUUCCUGUUUACGUGUGGUUCACCCUCACUUUUAUGUUUUGGGAUACAAGAAAUGCACAAUUUAGACAAUGCUUCAUAAAUCUUUUGGUACUUUUUCACUGUUUCUGAUUACAAUGAACUUCUAAAGGAAACACUGUAAAUACUGUGUAAGCAUCAAUUCUGCAAAUACAUGUCAAGUACUGAAAGUUGCCCUGUGCCUGUUUGAAAGACUUCAUCGCAUACUGUAAACAGUGGCUUUCGCUAUUAACAAAGACAGGAAGUAGGGGGAAGUUUCGCAGCAUGCAUACAACAGGCCGAGUUGAAUGAAAAAAAAAAAAACAAGAUCACAUUUAUCAGAAGAUCAUGAAAGAUUGUGUUCUCCAGCUUGCAUGAUUGGCCAUGCAAAUUCUUUAAGAUUUGAAGUCAACUGUGAAAACUUCCUUUUUUUAAAUCUUAUUCAGGAGUGAUGGUGCAUGCUACUGACUCUUAAAAGUGAUCACUGAGGUAAGAACAAGCUUAUUUUUGUGUCUCCUGGUCUAAAAUAUCUCUUCUAUUCGACUACCUGAUAGAACCAAAAAAGUUAUCUCUGUCUGUAAAGGUUCAUCUCAAUCAUCAAGGUAGUACAAUCUGUGUGAUUUCUAAAGAAGCAUUUCAAUUGGUUGGAAAAAUCUUUUAAGUUAUUAAUGAUCUGGAUUCAACUUUCAACGAGAUAUAGAACCUCUGAAAAACACUGUAUUUAUU